UCUCUUUCUUCUCUUCUUCCUCCUAUCUACUUCAAACUUUCCUCUUAAAUCUCCAUUAUUGUUUCACAUUCUCACCCAAAUAGGGGGCUUCUCUUUUCUUUUGAUUAUAUGUACAAAUACAUUUGUCUAAUGAUCUAAAAAAGAUUGCAUUUUUACAUCAUUUGACAAAAUGGGUGGUUGUUUUUCAAGCUCCAAAGUUAGUGGGUCAAAUAGCAAUACCCCUUCAACCAACAAUACCACCACAAACACAAACACAACGGUAAAUGUUCAUCCAAACCGCAGGGAAACCUCAAAAGCACCUUCAACAACGGUUGUUAAUUCAAGAAAUCAAGAAGGGUCGAAUUAUAAUCGAGGUAAAGGUAAUAUUAACCAGAAAAACCAACAAAAACAACCUAGGAAUUCACAGCAGAAUGUUAAGCCAAGUUCAAGAAGACAAGGUGGGGUUAUUCCUUGUGGGAAAAGAACAGAUUUUGGGUAUGAUAAAGAUUUUGAAAAGAGAUAUACAAUUGGGAAAUUGUUGGGUCAUGGUCAAUUUGGUUAUACAUAUGUUGCUACAGAUAAAUCUUCAGGAGAUCGUGUGGCUGUCAAAAGAAUUGAGAAAAACAAGAUGGUUCUUCCCAUUGCGGUUGAGGAUGUGAAACGAGAAGUCAAGAUAUUGAAGGCCUUAGGUGGUCAUGAGAAUGUGGUUCAAUUCUAUAAUUCAUUCGAGGAUGAUAAUUAUGUCUACAUUGUAAUGGAGUUAUGUGAAGGUGGAGAACUAUUGGACCGAAUUUUGUCCAAGGUUGACAUAAUUUGUCUAAUCAGAAAAGACAGUCGGUAUACCGAGAAAGAUGCAGCAAUAGUUGUACGCCAGAUGCUAAAAGUGGCAGCUGAGUGUCAUUUACAUGGUUUGGUGCAUCGUGAUAUGAAACCUGAGAAUUUUCUCUUUAAGUCUACAAAGGAGGAUUCACCAUUAAAAGCCACAGAUUUUGGUCUUUCAGACUUCAUCAGACCAGGGAAAAAGUUCCAAGACAUUGUCGGCAGUGCAUAUUAUGUAGCUCCAGAGGUAUUAAAGCGUAGAUCAGGACCUGAAUCAGAUGUGUGGAGUAUUGGCGUAAUUACAUACAUUUUGCUAUGUGGCCGUCGGCCUUUCUGGGACAAAACUGAGGAUGGUAUAUUCAAGGAGGUCCUACGCAACAAGCCUGAUUUUCGUCGCAAGCCAUGGUCUAACAUAAGCAACAGUGCUAAAGAUUUUGUAAAGAAAUUACUGGUGAAGGAUCCUCGCGCUAGACUUACUGCUGCUCAGGCCCUCUCACAUCCAUGGGUCCGAGAGGGAGGGGAUGCAUCUGAGAUUCCACUGGACAUUUCUGUUUUAUCCAACAUGCGGCAAUUUGUCAGAUACAGUCAUCUAAAACAGUUUGCUUUACGGGCGUUAGCUAGCACACUUGAUGAGGAGGAGAUCGCUGAUCUGCGGGAUCAAUUUUCUGCAAUUGAUGUGGAUAAGAAUGGUGUCAUCAGCCUCGAAGAAAUGAGACAGGCCCUUGCGAAGGAUCUCCCAUGGAAAAUGAAAGAAUCACGAGUUCUUGAGAUUCUUCAAGCGAUUGACAGUAACACAGAUGGGCUUGUUGAUUUUCCGGAGUUUGUGGCUGCCACCCUACAUGUCCAUCAGUUGGAGGAGCAUAAUUCUACAAAGUGGCAGCAAAGAUCACAAGCUGCUUUUGAGAAAUUUGAUGUUGAUAGAGAUGGAUUCAUUACUCCAGAAGAACUUAAAAUGCACACGGGCUUGAGAGGCUCCAUAGAUCCACUUCUAGAGGAAGCAGAUAUUGACAAAGACGGAAAGAUAAGCAUAUCAGAAUUUCGUAGACUUUUAAGAACUGCUAGUAUGAGUUCACCAACGGUGAGAGAUUCACGGGGUAUGUAGCUUUGUAAAGAUGUAUAAAACGGAGAGAUGGACAGUGGGCUUCAUCAGAAAAAUUUUGUGGGAAGAAGAUGCUUGUAUACAUGUUCUCUUGUGCUUGUGCAAGUGUGCUGCAUGUUCUCUACAUGGAUGGCUUCCGAGAUGAUGGUAUUUAGAGACGUGUAGCUAUCACGUGGCACUUUGUAGCUAGCGGUCGUCGUGUCAAGUAUGUUUGUUGAGUUUCCUUUGCCCCCUUCAUAAAAGAAUUUGGCAUGAAGUUGCUUCUUUUCCCUGAACAACCAGUUACAAUGUCUUGUAAUCUGGUAGUUUUACUGUAUAUUCUGUCACUUUUGUGAGUCUCCAGGUUAAGUAAGUACUCCCUUCCAAAUUCUAAUAUUAUGUCAUCACUAUAAAUAUGCCAUCAAUGUAAAUUGGCUGUAUCAAAAAGGUCUGUUCUGU